CCCCUGCCCGCACUGUGCCGGCCCCUGCCCGCAGGUGGAAGAGGAGGUGCGGCGCUGGCCACGCACCGCGGCAGGAAUGUCGCCAGCCCGGGCACCGGGCCCGGCCGCAGCCAGCGGAUGUUUGUGACCUGCGGAGCCGCCGGUGACCGUCGGCAGCGGGGCCGGAGCCUCCCGUGUUGGUGGCUUUGGCCAUGGCGCCCGGGGCCCUGGAGUCUGAAGGUGUCAGCGGCUGCGGCGGGGACCCCGCGCUGAGCGCGCCCCAGGGGAUGCGGCUGCCGCAGGCCCCGUUCCGCAGCCCCGCGCUGGCGGCUCUGGACGCCGUGGCUCGGGCGCUGCUGGCUCCCGGCUCCUGGGCCCUCAACCGGCUCCUGGACCUGCGGCCCACGACGGCGGAGCGGCGGCGGCGGCGGCCGUGCGCUUGGUGCCGCGGUUGCGCCGCUCGGGCGGUGGCGGGGCCGGUGCUCGCGGUGCUGCUGCUGCUCUCGCUGCCCCUCACGGCGCUGGGGCUGCUGCUGUGGCUGCCGCUGCAGGCGGCGCGGAGCCCCUUCCUUUACCAGCACACGGCGGCGGCGCCGGCCGAGCCGUGGGACCUGCGGCAGCCCCGGACCUUCACCUUCGUCAGCGCCAACCUCUGCCUCCUGCCCAGCGGCUUGGCCAAGUUCAGCAACCUGGGGCAGACCCCGCAGCGGGCAGCGGACAUCGCCCGGCGCCUCGUCCCGGCCCCACCGGACCCCGGCAGCGACCGCGCGGGCCUGGUGGAGCCGCGGCACCGCGGAGCCAACGGCUACGGAGGGACCCUGAGCACCGAGCGCGGCGUGGCCCUGGAGAUGCCCGAGGUGGAGGCGCCGCUGACGGAGCCGGAGCCGCCGAUGGCGGAGCCGGAGCCGCCGGUGAGGGAACCGGAGCCGCCGGUGACGGAGCCGGAGCCGCCGCUGACGGAGCCGGAGCCGCCGCUGACGGAGCCGGAGCCGCCGCUGUCCGAGCGCUUCCCGCCGGCCGCCGACGUCCUUUGCCUGCAGGAGGUGUUCGACGGCGCGGCCGCCGCGUGUCUCCGCCGCCGGCUCGGCCGCGUGUUCCCGCACGUUAUCUCGGAGGUGGGCACGGGGGGGCUGCGCCGCGGGCGCCUGCGGCUGCUCGGCAGCGGCUUGUUCCUCGCCAGCCGCUUCCCGGUGCUGGCCGCCGCCUUCCGCAGCUUCCCCAACGGCGCCCGGGAGGACGCGAUGGCCGACAAGGGGCUGCUCAUGGUCCAGGUGCAGCUGGGCUCGGCGCGGCACCGCCGCAUCGUGGGCUACGUGGGCUGCACGCACCUGCAGGCGCCGGCCGGGGACGGCGCCGUCCGGGACGCGCAGCUGACGCUGGCGCUGCGCUGGCUGCAGCGGUUCCAGCAGGAGCAGGAGCGCAGCGGGGACCUGGUGGCCUUCGACGUCCUCUGCGGGGACCUCAACUUCGACAACUGCUCCCGCGGUGACCAGCUCAACCAGCGGCACCGGCUCUUCGAGCUCUACCAGGACCCGUGCCGCCAGGGACCGGGGCAGGAUGAGCCCUGGGCCAUAGGCACUCUCCUCAACUACCUGGAGAUCUAUGAGGAGCCCGUGUCCACCCCGGAGAAGAUGAAGAGGACCCUCUCCUCUCCCGGUGGCCGCUGCCGGUUCCUGGCGGGCCCCAUCCUGGCCUCGGGGCUCCCGGACGCCUCCUUCCCCGCCCCGUGCCGGGGCCGCCGCUUGGAUUACGCCGUGUUCCGGGCCGCGGCCGCCGCUGACGUCGCCGCCGUCUCCUUCAUCACCCGCUUGGCCACGUGCUCCGAUCACCUGCCCGUGGCCCUCAGCCUGCACGUGGGCCCCGGCGCGCCCUGA